GAAGAAGAAUGGCAGAUGAUGAUGACGUGCGCAAAUGGUCGGUGACGUACACGAAGCAGAUUAAACAGAAGCGCAAAGUUUAUCAGGACGGAUUCUUACAUCUCUACUCAUCCUCUCACAAGGUUAAGUUAUAUGAUGACUGUGAAAAACUCUUGGAUAGCAAAAUUGUGAAACUUGACGAUGAUGCUGUUAGGUCGGGUGAAACAUUAACACUUGGUUCUUAUCUUGUUGAUAUUGGUGACCUUCAUGGAGAAACUAAUCCCAUUCCAAACCCAAUUCUUCAAAGAGACAAAACUAUGGCUGACGGGGAUGUCACAUUCAACAGUACAACCAGGAAGUCUGGCUUGCACAAUAGUAAAACGUCAUCAAUCAAUCUGAGUCCUUCACAUAAAAUGAUUAGAGAGUUCAAGAGACGUGAGGUCAACAAGUAUUCUUCUUCACCCAGUAUUCAAGAAACAAAGAAAGCUGAUUCAACAGAGUGGGAGGUCUUGUACACUACUCAAUUAACGCAAAAAGCCAAGAAGUACCAUGAUGGAAUUAUGAGAGUUGCAUUUUCUGGAAUGCGUGGGAGACAGGCAGUGCUGUAUGAUGAAACAAGCAAUCUCUUGGACAGCAAAUUCCUUAAAAAAGAUGAAGUUAUUAGCGCUGGCGGAUCUAUGAGAUUUGAUGGUCAUUUAGUGGACAUUGUAGAACUAAAAGUCAAUAAACCUGUCAAGGAUACCAGUGUUGACAGAAGUAAUUGCAAUACACAGAAUACAGACAAGGAGCAUCUUGCCGAUCUCAAGAAAUGUGAAGCUACCAAGUCUUCUGUCACAGCAAGUUCUGCAUAUACAACAAAAACUGAUUUGAAAGAGUGGGAUGUCAUGUACACUACUCAAGUAACUCAAAAGACCAAGAAGUACCAUGAUGGCAUCUUGAAACUUGCAAGUAGUGGAUCACAAGGGAGGCAGGAAGCUACUUUGUUAGCGGACGAUGGAUUGGUUUUAUCCCACAGAUAUCUUAAACUAUCAGAGGACAUCAGCAGGGGAAGUUCAUUUAACAUGACAAGCUACUUGGUGGAAGUUGGCGAGCCAAGGAAGCAAUCUGAAGGGAUGUGUCCAAAGAAACCUUCCACAUCUGAAAAUGUAAUCUCGGAAAUUAGGACCAUUGAUGCUGAUAAGAUCAAUUUGUGUAAGAGAAUCCCAGCUACCAGACCACCAUCUGACGAAAAACUUUCAAAAAGAGCUUCAUCCUUGCAAGAUACUGAUACAAAGAUCAGAAACUCCAUCGCUGAUAAAGUUAUAUCAACGAAUAUCAGCAAAAACAAGCCUUUACGUGAUGCUCAUUCAAUUUUGGCUUUUUUGAAAAAACCCGGUACGCAAGAAGGUGUUAGAAUAGAAAAAGUACACAUAGAUGAGGUCCAUCCUUCAAAGGAUUCAGCAUUUGUUCAAUCAGGCAUCUUAUAUCAGCUAGAGGGUCAUCAAACAUCCGGUGGUAGAUUCGAAGAGGCAUCCUGCAUUGAGGAAACUCAGGCUGUUGAUGCUGGAGGACACCCAAAAGUGAUGCCGUCUAAAGAAACAUCUACUUCAAUCUCCAAUGACCCAGCUAAAGAAACAAAAGAGCAAAGUAACACUCAGAAUUUCUGUAAGAACAUGAAGAUUGACUCUAGCGUGCGUGAAGUCUCUACCGACACAAGGAAGGGUUUCAAGGAUACAAAAGUAAUAAAUGAUGACAUUCCAAGUUUUGAUCUUGGAUUUGACUAAGAGACGUAUUAUGUUGCUACUUGUGAGUACUUUAUCAUUGCAGUUUUCACACCAAACAACUCCACCGUGAAAUGAGAGUUACAGCAGAAACAAACAUUGUGUAGCAUUGUGUUUGAAACAUUCAUAUAUAACUAAAGUUUGAGACCUCAUUAGCCCUUGCAA